AUGAGCAAUCACAUAAGUGCCAAGACAAGCCUGUUGCACCUCUUGAGAGCAAGUUCAAAAAGAAGCAAUAGUAAUGUUGUUGGAGAAUCGGUAUUAAUCCAAAAGCCUUUUUAUAUAGGCUCUACAACCCGUUCCUAUUCACGAAAAUUAUUUCCAUCUCCCGAAUACUCUGAUGGUUUUAAUUUCAACCCGUCUUCUCUCUCCUCUUCUUCAUCAAUUAUUUCAUCAUCAAACGCACUUCAUCAACACGCUCAUAAUAGGAAUUAUGGAAUUCUUUCAAGUUUAACAUCCAAAGUCAUUCCUUCCCUUACAAACAUCAAAAUUCCAAAACUUGUAUCCACCGAAAACAUUGAUUCAAUUAUUACUUCAACGGAUAUGAUUAUCGAUGAAAGUGUUUCAAAAGGCUCGCUUGCUCAUAUCAUACAAGAAACAAUUAUAAAAGACAGAGAGAUUGCUGUCAAAUCUGAUCCGACCAGAACAUCCCAAACAAUAUCACGCCAAGUUGAAGGAGAUUUGAAACUGAUCGGAGAAGAAAUUUUGGAAAGUGUGAAAUCGGACCAUCCAGUUCUUGAUGCUGCUGCAAAAUACUUUUUCAACACACCUGGAAAACUUUUUAGACCCAUGCUUGUUCUUAUGACCGGAAGAGCCGUCAAUGAAGAACAACGCUUGGAUGUUAAAGAUUUGGAAAUUAUUAUGAAAAAACAAAGAAAAUUAGCUGAAACAACAGAACUAAUUCAUGUAGCAAGUUUAAUUCAUGAUGACAUCGUUGAUGAUGCAGAUACCAGAAGAGGGAUUCCAGCACUGAAUAAGUUUAUUGGAAACAAGGUUGCUGUUUUGGCUGGAGAUUUUUUGCUUGCUAGAGCUUCAAUUAAUCUAGCAAGAAUUGGAAACAUUGAAGCAAUAGAUUUAAUAUCUACUGUGAUUGAACAUUUGGCUUAUGGUGAAGUUUUACAAAUGGCUGGAAAGGGAAAACGAGACUUUGAUUAUUAUAUGAAAACGAUCUUCUUUAAAACUUCUUCACUAAUUGCAAAUAGCUGUAAAGCAUCAGCAGUUUUGAGCGGAACAACAAAUAGGGAAUUUAUUGAAGCAGCUUAUACAUUUGGUAAACAUGUUGGUAUCGCAUAUCAACUAACUGAUGAUAGUCUUGAUUUUACACAGUCACAAUCGACUCUAGGAAAACCCUCCCAAGGAGCAGAUAUGAAAUUGGGUUUGACUACUUGUCCUAUUUUGUUUGCCACCAAAGCAUUCCCUGAGGAAAUGGCUCCGAUUAUUGAAAGAAAAUUCUCUGGAGAGGGUGAUAUUGAAAAAGCCAUGGAGCUUGUUGUCAAGAGCAAUGCGGUUCAAUCUACAAAAGAUUUAGCUGAUACACAUACGAGGAUGGCUUAUGAAGCGGUUAUGAAAUUCUCUCCUUCACCUGUGAGAUCAGUUUUGUUAGAAUUAUUAUACAAAAUUUCACUCAGAAACAAGUAA